AUGACUCAUCCAUUAUUUCUUGAUUUUCCGAAUGAUAAUUAUCCUGUUAUAUUAACAACGGAUGCAUCAAAAACUGAUAUUGGUGGUACAUUACAACAAAAUAUUAAUGGUGAAAUAAAAAAUUUAUAUUAUCAUUCUCAAAUUACAUCUUCUACUCAACGACCAUAUGAUCCUAUUGAAUUAGAAGCUUUAGCCAUAUGGUUAUGUUUUCAACGAAUGCGAUCUUAUUUACUCGGUAGAUCUAUUAUAAUUUAUACUGAUCAUUGUCCUUUAUGCAAAAUGAUGAAUUCAUCGGUGAAGAAUCGACGAGUAGAUCGAAUUUCUAUCUUAUUGCAAGAAUAUAAUAUUGAAAAAAUUAUUCAUAUUAAAGGUCAACAUAAUUGUUUAGCUGAUUAUUUAUCUCGUCAUCCAAUACAACAUGCUGAAGAAAUAUUUGAUGAAGAUUAUGGCAUAAGCAUGUUAUUUCAGGGGGAACCAUCGGAGACGGUACAUGCUCCUGCCAAUCAUCCUCAAGUUAUUGGUGCUGUCGUUACACGUUCAAAAAUGAAACAAAUAAAGCAACAACAAAAUGAAACAGAUAUAACCACGCCAUUUACUAUAAAUGGCAUAUUAUCGUCAUCAAAUCGAGAAAAAAUUGAACAUUCGAAUGAAUUUCCAUCACAAUUAAUUACGUCUAACAAUUUUGAUAUAACUCAAAUUAAACUUGAACAGUCAAAAGAUCCAAAUAUUGAGAAGAAGAUUAAGGCCACCCCCCCCCCCCCCC